UUAAUAAAGAUGGUGAGAGAGGUGUUUUUAUAACUGUUUUCUCUAUUUUGGGGAUUGGACGGCCUUUUUGUAUGUUACGGUACAUCGAAGGCUGGUCUUACGGGAUUGACUCUUCCAUUAGCUAAGGAGCUCUCAUCCUUCGGUAUACACGUCAUGAGUAUAGCGCGUGGCGUAUUUAAUACGCCCAUUGUGGACCGCUCGAAUAAGAAUGCGCCUAUAGCUCUAUUUCCUCGACGCCUUGGAGAGCCAACCGAGUUUGCAGGCUUAGUUUUACGCGUGAUAGAUACAUCGAUGUUGAAUGGUUCUGUGGUCAGACUAGAUGGUGCAUUGCAUGUUUAGAUACAGUUAUAAUCAUUUUUUUAUUCUGUUCCUUUGAAACAAAG